UAGUCUGGAAGAACGGGAUAAGUAUGGAGGGAAAAAACACCGCAAUUUCCAAACAUCUAGAGGCCUACCCUUAUCAGAUAGCCGGCCAUUUAACUCAAGGUUAGUUUUUCGGAACUUACAGGAAAUUUGUACGGCGAAAAUCACUGAUUUCAUUGUUACAACAGAUAUCGUGUCCACCUUGUUCUUUCCAAGUUGUCAGAAUAUAUUAUCAUGAUAUAAUAUUACCUGGCGGGUAUCUUGGCAAACUGCAUGAAUAUUCAUUUCAGUAACAUUAAUUAUUUUCUAUCCCUCCUUACAAUCUGUACGUGGGCAGUGUUUUUGAUGUAUCUUCCACGUUGUUGUUUCCAUGGUCAGCAAAAACUGUCACAUCAAUUUUUUUUCUGUACAAUUUUCAUUUGCAAGAUUUUAUUUUUUGGGGAGCAAGUUUGGUGCGGUGGUGAGAGCACUCGCCUCCCACCAAUGUGAGCCAGGUUCAAAUCCUGGCAUUUACGUUGUACAUGGAUGAUGACUUUGUUGUUGGUUUUCUCCGAUCCCUUUUUCUGAGAGGUUUUUCUCCGCGUAUUCUGACUGGUAUUCCCCUCUUCUCAAAAACCAACACUUCCAAAUUUCAAUUCGAUCUGGAACACACGGACACUUUUAAACGAGUGCUUUAAAACUCCUUAGUGCUUUAUGGUAAACAAAUUUUGCAUGCUUCUCUUUUACACUUGAUUUCUCUCUAUCUUAUAAGCAGCAUUAUUGUGGGCCAGUCAGAAUAAUAAUACUGUUAUUACAAAAAACGACUUAUACAAUUGAUGUUUUUUUUUUUUAAUUUUAAAGAAAACAAUGUCUGUGGUUAGAAAAUUGUUUUGGAAAUUCAAUCUUAUCAUAAUUGGUCUUUUUGUGCAUAAAUAGCAACUUAAGGUUACCAGAUAUGUAAAAAUCUUAGUGAAUUGUAACAUAAUUUGACAUUAUAUCUGUUAGAACCACUUAAGGUGACUGUAGAUGGCUGUGUACUGAAGCAAGUACAAAGGCCUCCAAAGGGGGAGAGAGAAGUUGUCUUCUAUGCAACUGUAUUUGACAAAAAAGAAGAAAGAGAAGAAAUACUGCAACUGAGAAGAUUUCUGCCCGUCUAUCAUGGAAUUGUGGAAUUGGGUAUCCUAAGCAUGUACUGCGGUUGUGGAGGUUUUAGGGUCCCUUCCCCUUUCCUGUCAACCUCAUUCCCAGGAUCUCCCUUCUUCCUGUCAACCUCAUUCCCAGGGUCUCCCUCCUUCCUGUCAACCUCAUUCCCAGGAUCUCCCUUCUUCCUGUCAACUUCAUUCCCAGGGUCUCCCUCCUUCCUGUCCACCCAGUUCCUAGGGCCCCCUUCCUUUCUGUCAAUCUCAUUGUAUUCUCAAGGUGUCUCCUUCCAGGCAGCCUUAAGUUCCCUUACAGUAUCUCGAUCUCUUGUCAAACCUCACCCCUAGAGUCUCUCUUCUUCCUUGCCUUUAACCUCAUUUCCCAGGGUUUCUUUACUUUGAUCUCUAUCAAACAUAAUAUUUUUAUAACUGCAAGCUCAUUGGUUAAGCUAAGAGCUAUUUCCUAUUUCAUAAAUUGAGUUCAAUUUCCUAUUGUUUUAACUCUUGUGACGUCAAAAUGUUUAGAAAAGUAGAACCAACAAAUUUCAGAGUAAAAGACAAAGGAAUUUCAAAAUAAUUUAUUAGUGUCACUAUUUGGAAUUAUCUUUUUUAAUGACAUAACCAACCAGUGAUCUCAUGAAAUCUACUUUAUUGUCAAAAGGGUCUCAAAUAAUAUUUAUGAAUCCUUAAGUGUGAAGCUUAGAUUCCUCAAGGUAUUUAAAACUUGAGAACAUCACCACCAAGUUUCGCCUGCCAUGUGUUAUGGAUAUUAAGAUUGGUAAGGUGACAUGGGAAGAUGAUGUUGAUGAAUCAUUUAAAGAAAGAAGAAAAAGAAAAUGGCCCCUUAGAGAGAUAGCUGGAUUUAGCAUCCUUGGUUUUAUGGUAUGUGCAUAAAAACAGGCUUUAAAAGGAGAAGAGAGAAUUCUCUUUGCGUGCCCAAAUAACCACUUUAAUGCAUGCCACACAGGCUAAUAAAAAAUUCUGUGGCUAAUUUUUGUUAUGGUAAAAGAAGUUUUAAACUGUUUUUUUGGCUGUUUGUUUUUCCUUGGAUUUAUAAGUAUCUGGUAAGCGAGGCAUCAAUUAUAUUUUGAUUGACAACCCUUGGUAAGGUGAACACAGACCAAAGAAAAAAAGAAUUUACACAAAAGAUGUAAUGCAAACCAACGUUAUUUUUCUCAGGACAAGACAAUAGUGUUUAGACUUAAUAAAUAAAUGAAUAUUGAUCAUUAACAUUCAGUGAUUUUUUUAAAAAUGAAAGCAUAAUUUACUCUGUUAAAGUCAUACCUGGUAAACCGUCUGGAAAAAAUGUCGCAACUAAGUUUGUGUUAUUUUAUACACCUAGAACUCUUCACACUGUUCAAGCUCAUGUCUUAUGAACUCAACAGGUUUAUAACCAUAAAACAAGCUGUUAUGAACGUUUUAUGCGUGAAUACUGUAUGAAACUGGCAACUAUGGAAGAUGCUGAAAGAAGUAAGUACACCUCUAUUUUGAUUGUAAUGUUAUUAAUUCUAAUAAAAUUAUGACAUUUCCUACUUAUAAUAGCAAGUCUUGCAAAAUUCUGGCCAGGUGAAACGUGGGGAAGUGGGGACUCACUCCCAUGUGAACAUAUACUGUUAUACAUUAACACCAUAAUACUGUGUUGGAGAAUGGUCUCCUUUAAGGUUCAAGUCGAGCUUGUGCUACACCCAGGUUAGUCUCCUUUUGGGUCUAUUUAUUUUCCAACAAGCAGCCGUGCCUCUUUUAUAUGGGAGCCCCCAACUUGACUAUAAUCAGAGAAGUUCCUAUACACAAGAAUGAAAAACUCGAGAUGCCUACCAUACACGAGUGUUGUACACUUCAGACAAAUUAACGGAUAACCAUUUUAAACAGACACCUCAUUAUUACAAACAGUUUGCUUUGUUCCUGGGGAAAGAAAGCCCUUAAAUUUUCUCCUCAUUCAACCUGCUUAAUACGGACAUCCCAUUAAUAAGGACACUUUCUGUAGCCCCCUCAGUGUCCGUAAUAACGGGGCGUGACUGUAGUAGGGAGUGUUUUCCUACCAUUCUCACCCCUCCGACAUUUUAUGAAAUUUGAGUGGAAACCAAAAAUUUAACAAGCGAUCACUUGUAACCGUGGUGAACAGUCACCCCUUUCCCAUGAUAGGCCCUUGCAAGUGUUGGUAUGCAGGGCUGUCAAUAAGGGCCGGUAGCCGGCCAAAACCGCCGGAUAGUUAGCCAUCCUUAGCCGGCUACUUUCAUCUCUUUCUACCAUAACCGCUAACAAAAAAUAAGUACCAUCGAAUAAUGAUGAUCAAUGAUAUUGAACGUAUAUUGAACAAGCCUAGAUCUGUGAAACGUUCGAACCAUGCCAUGUUGUGAAACGCCUGGGACACUUUGACGGCAUCGUUCCAAGUCUUGCGUGUAUUCUGACGAAGCAACAUGGCGUCCGCGAUGGAAAAAUACCUCUUGAAAACCCCUGGAAAUAGGGUUUCCGAGACUCUAAAUUCCAAAAUGUCCUUAGAUAUCUCGGUCCUCAAGAACUUGUGCCUUUGGUGCGAGUUCCAAAGCCACCUACUAUUCGUUAUCACCCUGCCACUUAAAAACUUUUUGACAGCCCUGGGUAUGAAACAAGGGGACAAGGGUUUUAUUUAUGGUUGCUUCUAAGUUACUUGAAACUGUGGAGUGUGAAGACCUUACCAAGCAGCCUAGAGUAUAAGCAGUCAGUCUUAUUUCUUAGUCUGACAAGCAAAAUGCACCCAACACAAAAAUGACCAUGCAUGUGAUGGAAGGCUCGAGACAGGAAAGGCACCUGCCCUCAUUCCUUGCGUCUUUCAUAAGUGUGUGCACUCCCCUUACUAAAUCUGAAGAAAAAGCAGAGACUGCUCGCAGUUUAUGUAAGAGCAGCCUGCUCUCCUGGCAGGUUUAAUUCCAGGCACCUCAGCUCUUUAAUCUAAAUCUAUAUAAUCUUCGCAGCCUUUUGCAAGUUUAUGGGCAGUGUCAAUACAGAAUGGACUCUGCAGAUACUGGAGCAACUCCUGAAAAAACUCACAGAGAUUGAAGAGUGGUUCAAGACUCAAAGACUGUACAGAUUUAUUGCAAGUUCUAUUCUGAUAUCAUACGAAGCAGACUGCCAUCAAAAUGUUGUCGGUAACUUUACAUCAUCCAAUGACAGAAGUUCAUCUUUUGUCUGUCAAGACCAAUCAUUAACUGACACUGUGAUUGAUUCAAAUGUUAGUCCACAUUUGCCUUCCACAAGCCACCAACAGCUGUUGAACAGAACUUUGGUAGAUGCAAGGAUAAUUGAUACUGCUCAUGUAUUUACAACUUCAGACACUGACUUCAACUAUUUGUUUGGCUUGGAAAAUAUUAUCUUGACUGUUAACUGCGUACAGAAAAGUUUUAAUUAA